AUGUGUAUCCACAGGCCAGACAACAUCUUGGCAUUCCUCAACCUCAUCGACAUCUCCUGUCCGACCAGAGAAAGCCCUAUGAUGGUUUAUGCCCUUCACCUAAUCGAGCUCCACGGUCGAGCUCUUCCCCUCUUCAUCUCUCACGAAAAUCAUCAAAAUCCCGAAGAAAGCCCCUACUGCGGCGAUGUGGUCUACGCUUUCGGUCACCAUGAGAGAAGGCACAAAGGGAGCAUUUGCGCACUGGCCUUCACGGCAAUUUCUCCGCGAAAACUAAUGCAUGAAGAUAUAUGUACUCUUGCUCUGAACAAAACUGCUUCCCUAACAGUAAUCCCAUUUCACCGAAAAUGGGCGGUUGAUGGGACGGUUGAGUCGGAAGAUUUUGAGCUGAGGGGGAGCGAUGACCGUGAGGCUUUGUUUUACGCCAAACGGAUGGCAAAGAGUAGGACCUCGGGCAUCGGACUAUCCAUGGUUAAUUUCAAACCCAUGGUAUGUGAAGCUUCUGAUGAAGGGAAAAAGCGAGACUCUGAGGUGUUGAACGAGUUUACGAACGUUGGUGGGGGGGAAAUGGUCUACGUGGAGGAGGUAGUGAAAGAUGGGGCGGAAACUGAGUUGAUAGUAGGGGAAAUGGUGGGCGAAUUCGACCUUAUAAUCGUGGGGAGACAUUGGGGUGUGGAGUUUCCACAGACGUUGGGGUUGAAAGGGUGGAGUGAGUUGCCGGAGAUGGGAGUGAUCGGAGACAUUCUUUCGUCGUCGGAUCUCAAGGGUAGAGCAUCUGUGCUGGUGGUGCAGCAACAGAAAACCACUGCCUAA